AUCUUUCUUCUUAUAUAAAACUCCUGCUCUCUGCCUCCACUGGAACCACAAGAAAAUAGAAUGGAGCCACUCUUAUCAGCCGUGAUCGUCCUGCUCCUGGUUUCAUGUUUCACUUCUUCAGAAGCUCUCACCAGCAACAACGGAAACAUCACAAUCAAAUGGGAUAUCAUGUCAUGGAACCAUGAUGGUUACUUUGCUCUGGUUACAGCUUACAACUACCAGAAACACCGUUCUGUUCCUUCACCGGGAUGGAGAAUGAGCUGGAGAUGGACCAAGAAAGAGGUCAUCAGGAGUAUGGUCGGCGCGAAAACCACAGAGCGAGGAGUCUGUUCCAUGUUCAAAAGAAACAUCCCUCGUUCCUGCCUUAGAAAACCAACAGUCGUCGAUUUGCUCCCUGGUGCUCCUUACACUCAGCAGAUCGCUAACUGCUGCAGAGGUGGCGUCUUGAAACCCGGUUCGGAAAGUGAAUUCGAGAUAUCCGUUGGUAAAGCUGGUAACUCGGUUAAGACUGUUCGGUUGCCGGGAAACUUCAUGUUCACGGUACCUAAACAGCAGUAUGUAUGUAGACCGGCUAAGAACGUUAGACCGACGGUGUUUAUGUCUCCUGACACAAAGAGAACCGCUAGUGCCUUUAUGACCUGGAAGAUUGUUUGCGUGUUCGACAAGGCAACAUAAACAACGCAAAGUCUCUAAAGGAAAAAGCUCAUUAGCAGUUAUAUCUCUCCAGAAUUUUCUGCUCUUCUAUAUUUUCUUGUAUGGUUUUAAUUUUAAGGGGGAACAAAAUAUAAUAUGAUUGAAUUUAGUCCA